AUGUUUGCGAAGACUUUCACUCUCGCCAGCCUGGCUUCCUUUGCCAGCGCUCACAUGCUCAUGAGCAACCCUGUCCCCUACGGCAAAUCGAACUUGAACAAUGGUCCCCUGCUUGCAGAUGGCUCUGAUUUCCCUUGUAAGCAGCGCACCGGUGUUUACGAUGCUCAGGGUGCAAGCAAUGUCUAUGCCCAAGGCAGCACCCAGCAACUGUCCUUCACUGGCCAAGCUGUCCACGGCGGUGGUUCAUGCCAAGUCUCGAUCACUACCGACAAGAACCCCGACAAGAACUCGGUUUGGAAGGUCAUCAAGUCCAUUGAGGGAGGCUGCCCUGCAAAGGGUCAGGCCGGAAACAUGGGCGACAACGCCGAUGCUGAAGACCCCUACAAGUACGACUUUACCAUCCCCAAGGAGCUGGCUGCCGGUGACUACACUCUUGCCUGGACCUGGUUCAACAAGGUUGGCAACCGUGAGAUGUACAUGAACUGUGCACCUCUCACCGUUACCGGUUCCGGUGGUUCCAAGGGUCACCUCGACUCUCUCCCUGACAUGUUCGUUGCCAACAUCGGUAACCAGUGUGAGGUUCUCGCCGAUACCGACGUCCAGUUCCCCAACCCUGGAGAGGACGUCGACAAGUUCAACGGCGCCACUGACUCUUUCGCGGCGCCCAGCGGAGAUGGUUGCAAGGCUGGUUCUGGUGGCAGCGCUCCCGCUCCUACCGGUGGCAACGACUCUCCAGCCUCUACCGGUGGCAAUGACGCUCCCACUGCUACUGGUGGCUCCGGUGGUCAGCCAACUCAAGCGCCUCAGCCCACUCAGGCUCCUGAGAAGAGCGUUCCCGGUGGUGUUUUCAUCACUGUCUCUCAGCCUGCUGCAUCCCAGCCUGCCGCGUCUCAGCCUGCCAUGUCUCAGCCUGCCAUGUCUCAGCCCGCUAUGUCCCAACCCGCCGCAGAGGAGCCCGCUGCCACCCAGGCUCCUCCUACAACUACUGCUGCCCCCGCUGCCCCUGGCUACGGAUCCGGUGAUGGCUCUGAGUCUGAUAGUGGUUCUGGCUCCGGCGAUGGUGCUGACUCUGGCUCUGGUUCUCCUAGCGGUGGUUUCGCCGCUGGAACUGCCUGCACCAACGAGGGUGAAUGGAACUGUAUUGGUGGCUCAUCCUUCCAGCGCUGUGCCAGCGGUGCCUGGACUGCUACCCAAGCCCUCUCUGGUGGUGUGUCUUGCACACCAGGCCAGGCCGCUGACAUUGGCCUCACUGCCAAGAGGGGCGAGAGUGCCAUGCGCCGUGUCCGUCGCUUCCGUGGCUAA